CACACACACACAAACACACGUACACUCACACAUACACGCACACACAGUCCAAACCCCCAGAAAAGCCCUGCUGAAUCCUCACACCGUCUGUCAGCAUGGGGAGCGCUUGUUUUUCCCGGGACGUUUGUUUGUUUAUCCUCCUCAUAAAUACUUGCAGGGUGAUGGGGAAUGUCGGACUCGCAGAUGCAGACGAGUGUGCAGAGGGCUCAGACGACUGCCACAUCGAUGCCCUCUGUCAGAACACGCCUAAGUCCUACAACUGCAUCUGCAAGCCGGGCUACAAGGGUGAUGGCAAACAGUGCGAAGACAUGGAUGAGUGUGAGAACGACUACAAUGGGGGCUGUGUGCACGAAUGCAUCAACAUACCUGGAAACUACAGGUGCACCUGCUACGAUGGAUUCAUGCUGGCCCACGAUGGACACAACUGCCUUGAUGUGGACGAGUGUGUGGACAACAACGGCGGAUGCCAGCAAGUGUGCGUCAACACCAUGGGGAGUUAUGAGUGUCUGUGCACAGAGGGCUUCUUCCUCAGCGACAACCAGCAUACCUGCAUCCACCGCUCUGAUGACGGGAUGAACUGCAUGAACAAGGACCAUGGCUGCGCCCACAUCUGCAGAGAAGCUCCCGGCAAAGGCGGGGUGUCGUGUGAGUGCCGUCCUGGCUUUGAACUGGCCAAAAACCAGAAAGACUGUACAUUGACAUGUAACUAUGGAAAUGGCGGCUGCCAGCACACAUGUGAUGACACGGACACAGGGCCGGUGUGUGGCUGCCAUCAGAAGUACGCCCUGCACUCAGACAGCAAGACCUGCAUCGAGAAAGAUGAGGCUGCAAUUGAGAGCUCUGAGUUCAAUGCCACGUCAGUAGCUGAUGUGGACAAGCGGGUGAAACGGCGGCUACUUAUGGAGACCUGUGCCGUCAACAACGGCGGCUGCGACAGGACGUGUAAAGACACAGCCACAGGGGUGCGCUGCAGCUGCCCUGUGGGAUUCACUCUGCAGCCCGAUGGCAAAACCUGCAAAGACAUCGACGAAUGCCAGGAGAACAAUGGAGGCUGUGAUCAUUUCUGCCGGAACACUGUGGGCUCCUUCGAAUGCAGCUGCCAGAAAGGCCACAAACUGCUCACUGAUGAACGGACAUGCCAAGACAUCGAUGAAUGCUCCUUUGAGAGAACCUGUGACCACACCUGCAUCAACUACCCCGGCAGCUUCGAGUGCCUCUGCAACAAAGGAUACAUCCUGUACGGCCUCACUCACUGCGGAGACAUUGACGAGUGCAGCAUCAGCAACGGCAGCUGUGAGCAUGGCUGCAUCAACACCCAGGGAGGCUACGAGUGUGUGUGUCCACCUGGACAGAAACUCCACUGGAACAAGAAAGACUGCAUCGAGGCGGUGAAGUGUCUGCCCAAUGGGAAGCCAGCGCCCCGAGCCCAGCUGACGUGCACAAAGAGCGGAGGAGCAGAGGUCUGCUCGCUCUCCUGCCCCUCCAACGCCCUCUUCCUCGCGGACUCUGAGAACAGCUACACACUGAGCUGCGGAGUGCCCGUCCAGCCUGGGAAAGCUCCUCAGAAAAGGAAUGCCACUGCUGCCUUACCCACCUGUGCAGACACUAUGGCCCCGCCCAUCAAACAGAAGGCUAGGUUUAAGAUUAAAGACGCCAAGUGUCACCUGAGGCCCCGCAACAAGGAGAAGAACCGAGACUCAACCAGGCAGAACCUGCAAGGAGGCCAGUUCCCCUGCACCGAUGACUGUCAGGUGACUUUUGUCAACCUCAAGUGCGACUCGUCGAAGAAGCGCCGGCGGGGACGCAAAUCUCCUUCCAAAGAGGUUUCCCACAUCACAGCCGAGUUUGAGAUGGAGAUGAAGGAGGAGGAGGCCUCAGACUCGUGUAACGUGGACUGUGUGCGGGAGAGGAUGAAGCAGAAGCUGCAGAGCACCAUGCGGACACUCAGGAAGUCCAUCAACAAGCAACAGUUCUACAUCCACUUCUCCGGGACGGAGUACGAGGUGGCCCAGAAACCGUCCAGGACACCAGAUGGAACUGAGGCCUGCAGCACAGGACAAGUCCUCCGGGACGGAAAGUGUGUGAGCUGUAGUGUGGGGACGUUCUACAGCGGGGAGCAGGAGCAGUGUGUCCAGUGUCCUCCUGGGACAUACCAGGACACUGUUGGUCAGCUGUCCUGUGAGCCGUGUCCCAGUACUGAAGGACAGGGCAUCGCUGGUGCCAAGAAUGUGUCUCAGUGUGGAGGCCAGUGUGCAGCGGGUCACUUCUCGGUUGAUGGCUUCCGUCCAUGCCAGCCCUGUCCCCUGGGCUCCUACCAGCCAGAACCAGGUCGGGUUCUCUGCUUCCCCUGUGGAGGAGGUCUCAUGACCAAGUAUGAAGGAUCAAUGUCUUUCAGGGACUGUGAGGCCAAAGUGCACUGUGCUCCUGGACAUUAUUACAACUCCAGCACCCAUCGCUGCAUCCGCUGCCCAGCAGGAACAUAUCAGUCUGAGUUUGGACAGAACUACUGCAUCACCUGUCCAGGGAACACCACCACUGACUUCGAUGGUGCCACCAACGUCUCCCACUGCAAAAACCAGCUGUGUGGAGGAGAGCUGGGAGAAUACACAGGUUACAUCGAGUCUCCUAACUACCCCGGAGAUUACCCAUCCAACGUAGACUGUGUCUGGACCAUCAACCCACCACACAAGAGGCGGAUUCUCAUCGUGGUACCAGAGAUCUUCCUCCCCAUUGAGGAUGAGUGUGGAGACGUGCUAGUCAUGAGGAAGAGUGCCCUCCCUACCUCCAUCACCACCUAUGAGACGUGUCAGACCUAUGAGCGGCCCAUCGCCUUCACCUCGCGCUCUCGCAAGCUCUGGAUUCAGUUUAAAUCCAACGAAGGCAAUAGUGGCAAAGGUUUUCAAGUUCCAUACGUCACUUAUGAUGAGGACUACCAGCAGCUGAUAGAGGACAUAGUGCGAGAUGGCAGGCUCUACGCCUCUGAGAACCACCAGGAGAUACUGAAGGACAAGAAGCUGAUAAAGGCCCUCUUUGACGUGUUGGCCCAUCCCCAGAACUACUUCAGGUACACAGCUCAGGAGUCCAAAGAGAUGUUCCCUCGCUCCUUCAUCAAGCUGCUGCGCUCCAAAGUCACCAGGUUCCUAAGGCCGUAUAAAUAGAUGGGACCUCUCCACUGUAAAGACCCCCAUUAUCCUGCGUCUAAGUUCCUGUUAGCCUCCCAUACCCCUACUCCGUCUACUUCCCCCCCUGCCUUGGUCAAUACAUUGAGGUACCUAUUCUACAACUAAACAUCUUCAUUUCUUCUACUUGUUCUCAAUCCUGUUUGUCACAUGAUGCCUUUCCUCCUCUUUGAACCCUUUCAUUAGUAACACAUCAUUAACUGACCUCCCUUCCCCACGUUGAUGCAGCUUUUUGAUAAGGUUUGACCGAUAUGGGUUUUUCAUAGGCCAAUAUUAAUAUUAUUUUCAUAACUAGUAGAAGAUGCCUGAUAUAUAUGUGUAUAUAUUGUUUAUUUCAGCUUGAUCAUUUCAUAUCAAACAUACACAAGUAUUGAAUAUCUUUCUCUGUUUGGCAUGGUAACAUCUAUCGGCUCCUUAAGGCCAUGUAAGUGAAGGUCCAAUAUCUGCAAUAUUGGUGGUACACUGAAUAUUAAACACCAAACUGAAUACACCAAUCUGCCAAAACUAAUAACAUUGAUUGAUCAUCUUGUUACCAUACAUUUUUCUGCUGGUAAACUUUUGGUCUUGGCAUUCAUAUGGAAAAAAUUCAUAUGGCAAAUUGACAUGCUCUACCUACCCAAACACCGUUGCAGACCAAGUAUCCCCUUAACCCCAUGGCAAUGGGAAUCCUCAUUGGCAGGGCCCUCUCUGCAGGACAAGGCACCAUGCCACACUGAAAAAAAAAAAACAGAAAGAAAUGGCAUAAGGAUAAUGAUAAAAACUUAAAGGCAUCGACCUGGCCUCGUAAUUCCCCAGACCCUAAUCUGAUCACACAUUUGUGUCAAAGUCACACAACAAUUUGUCCAAACUUUGUGGUAACAUGGGAGGGUUAUAGAACGUUGUCGUGCUCACAUCAGGACAUCAUGACCUCAGCAAGUGGUUUGAGUGAUCAGAUCACAAUGUGACUUGGAUGUUUUUUACACCUGUAUUCAGUGCUGUCCACUUGUGAUUAGUUAAAGAAUGUUAAUACCAGGUAAAUGGUAAAUGGUAAAUGGUAAAUGGACUUGGAUUUGUAUAGCACUUUUUUAGCUGUUUGACCACUCAAAGAGCUUUCACACUUUACCCGGUCACACACUGGUGGCCAAAGUGCCGUCUGCUACUCAGUUUUUAAACAUUCAUACACAAUCACACACCGAUGAAACAGCCGUCAGGAGCAUUUGGGGUUCGCCAACUUUCCAAUUAGUGAUCGACCCGCAGUAUCUCCUGAGCCACAGUUCUUCAGAACAUAUUUGUCUUAAUGUGGUUCUCCCAGUAUUUAGUAUAUGGCCAGUUUUAGCAAACCAAUAUAUAUCGGUCAAACCCUAUAUUUGCACACCAUACACUGAUUCUUCUCUCCCAACUGUCCCCAGAUUUCUGCACCUUCAUGAAAACUUUUUUCUUCCCUUCCCCUCCUCCACCUCUCAUUUUAUUUUGCUUGGCUUUGUUUUCUGUGUUGUUGUUUUUGAUUUUGUAAUAUUUAUACUGCCAGAACUUGCAGAAGCCCACAUCACAGAUGUUCCACACAUAUCCAGAUGUGUAAGACAUGUGUGUCAGUGUGCACAUACACAGGGGUACAUGCAUGAUGUGUUAAGACGUACUGGCCCACACAGUGAACAUGGAUGUAUCUUGAAUUGGAUUUCGUUAUUGGCCCCUGAUGUGCACGAGACAGACACAAAAAACAGUUGGUGCACUUAAAACACAUUUUAACACGGAAAUUAUUUGAAAUCUAAAAUCGAAACCAUUCCACCUUUAGUGGGUGCAUCAUCCAUUCGAGCACAGGGAAAGAUGAAAUGGAGUGAAUCAAAAAAUCUAUACUAUAAUUUUUUUUUAAUAAAAAAAAGGCUAUAUAACAAGAUGAGAUAAACUACCUGCAAGUAACAGAUUGUUACUUUAGAGAGAAAUGUAUGUGAUGUAACUAAUAUUUGGAACUUUAAUUGCACUUGAAUUUUAUAUUUUAAACUGUAGGAAAAAAAGAUCUAAGUUACGUAUUUGUUAUCUUUUUUGUGUUGUUUUGAAAUGUGCCACAUGUGGCGGCGGUGAGAGAGAGACAGUGAUGUCUCCUGUUAUCACCCUCACUCUGUAGCUCGCAGUGACCCCAAAAUCUCUCAAAUCAAAAAAACAUUACGCUUCAGCAUCUCAAAACUAAUGCGCACAGAGAGAAGACAUAGUAAGCAUUAGGUCACUCAAACUUGCCACCAUCACUACAGUUUGUGUCUUCACUACCCAGUCCUGCUUCAUCCCUCAGACAUGUCCUACAGCUGCCAGAGAGAAGAAGCACCAUCACAACAGCUUCUUGUAUGAUGGCAAAACUUCCAUUCUACACACAAUAUACGCUUCCUUCUAAAAAACUACUUACACCAUCUGCAUUCAUCCAGAUGCAAUCUCUUUCCAUUAAAUAGGAAGUAUAGUGUGUAUACUAUGCUUUUCUUUUAUAACCCAACUAAAUGUUUCUCUGUCAUUCCCAAUGGUACUAAUAUGUCUAUGAAAUCCUAUACCGUGUAUUGAAAAUGGGCUCUAUAUCUGCACAAUGCGACUGGAGUUAAAAACAUGUAAAGUGUGAGUGAAAUGUUGGUCUGGAGGUGAAUGUAGUGGCAGGAUCACAGUGGGAAGAAGAGGCAUCUCCUGUCUGAGUGUCAGUGUGUUCAUAGCACUUGCAGCAUCAACUGUAAGCCAGUGAAUUUGAUCUGUGCUGUGUUGUUCCAUGAAGAGGCAAGCCCCCCCUGACUGGUGAUAAAAUGUAAAUGUAAUUCCUUUUUGGUUAAAACUCCUCUAGAAACUGAUCUUCUCUUAACUGUGUCAUUCCAACACAUUCUCAUCCUAAGUCGUAACAUAUCGCCGCUUUGUCAGUGGAUUUUAGUGUCUACAUGUGCUAGGUAUCCUCCUGCGUCUGUUGACAUUUAGGGAUGCUGCCAACAACACCAGGAUGUCAACAAAAGCAUGUGGGUAGGAUUAAGCAGCAAAAGUGAAUGGUUCCGACAUGAACUGACGCAAUCUCUCCGCAAAAUAUGCUGCUGCGCCAGUUGCCAUUCAGCUGACCAACAGCUCAUAAUACUAUGAAACUUUCAACCAAGCACGUCACCAACUGACUGUCAAGUGGUACAUCAUACUGCCACGAAAGAUGGCUUUUGUCGUUGGUGUCCGACGCUGAGAUCACUGACAAAGAGGCAGAACAGGGAAGCUUUGAUUAUUUUUGUUGAGCACAAGUAAGACUCAUUCAGACCCUAACAAAGCUCAGUGUUUAGAGAUGUAAGGACCAUACUGGAGGUUUUCCAUGUUCUAGCCCAUUAAAUCAUGUAUACUGCUUGUUUUUCUUGAGAGCAUAGGAUUUCAGGCGGUCAUUGGUCUCGCUUCACUUUGGUAUACUGUGACUUUAUGGCUUUCUGCCAGAAAGAGAUAUUUUUGUGGAGGUUUUGUGUAGUUUGCUAGUGUAGUUUGGUAAAGUCUGUAAAGUUACAUCAAUGUUGACUUUUGCAAGUGCUAAAAUGUCAAAAAAAAUGUCAAAUUAUUCCUUUAAGAUAAAUAAUACCUCAUGGUGCAUAAUUUGUGGCCUGUCUUUGUACAAUGACUCAUUUAUUAGCAAGGCUGAUAUUUAAAGCUGUCCCCAUCGGUGUGUUUUGGGUAAUACUGAAAACAUCUGCUACCACAAAUAGAUUUUCUAUUUUUGGAAAUGAACCAUUCAUUAGGAGCACUGUUGGAUUAUAUAUACCAUUCUAUAUAUACCCUCUGGUUAUCUGUUGCAUCUCACUCUUUGUGUGCAGAGUGUACUCUGGGCACAGGCAGAGCAGCAGAACAUCAGGUGCAGUGAAAGUGAAACUUAACCGUUCAUUCAGCUGAGUCUAAAAGUCUGCAUUCACUAGCAGCGGCUGCUCCUCUCAUCCAUCGAUCUGAUGAGAUAAACUCUGACAGAAAAAAAAAAUUACUGAUGGAGAGUUACGCCG